AUGCAGACUGCGACAGCCUACAGACCUCAUACCCUCCCAGACGCCCCGCCUCCUCCACGAAACGCCGGUAUUCCGGACACUUCGAUUGCGGCGGAUGCUCCAUACAAUGCGCAAACCGGUUCUUUCAAUGCAUUCCAAUAUACAGAUCGCAAACCUUCGAUUAGCGUGAGGGAAGGCGAAGCUCAAAAGACAACACCCGUUCAAUCGUCGGAAACCGCUGAGAAGCCUCGUCGCUCAAGAUUGCGCCCUAGAAAAGCCGCAAUGACACUCACGCCAACUGCGGUUUCACAGCUUCAGUCUAUGCUAUCUCAGCCCGACCCGAAGAUGAUUCGUGUAGGUGUGAAGAAUCGUGGUUGUUCCGGAUUAGCCUAUAGCCUUGAAUACGUCGACAAGCCUGGGAAGUUUGACGAGGUUGUCGAACAGGAUGGAGUUAAGGUGUUGAUUGACAGCAAGGCUCUGUUUAGUAUUAUAGGCAGUGAGAUGGAUUGGCACGAGGACAAACUCAGUCAGCGAUUUGUGUUCCGCAACCCGAAUAUAAAGGAACAAUGCGGCUGCGGAGAGUCCUUCAUGGUCUGA